GAUUGUGAAGUAUGUUGUGAGAAGUUCGCUCCUAAGUAUUUUAGUAAAUCCUCUGCUUGUCGCUUUUGUGUUAGCGACCGUAAGUACGACGAUUUGAAAAUGAAAUUUGACAUCCUAGAAAAACAGCACGAAUCCCAAGGAGUUUGUUGCGGCCAACAUAGUUGUGCUGCAGGCUAGCGACACUGCCCCUUCAUUGUCCAACCCGACCGAACCGACCUAUGCCCAAGUCACGAGAACUCCGAGUACCGAAGCACCUGAUGACGGUUUCAUUCCUAUAAGGAAUGGAGCCAGGCAUUCUACACCAAAAAAAAAAUGUUGCAACUCACGACCUUCAAUCGAUUUGGUAUUUUAAAGGAAAAAGUUAAUGAGGAACACGAGACCCGGUUAAUUGGCGAUUCCAUGAUCAGAGAUCAGUUGACAGAAUUUUGCGGUCGUGCUUCAUAUGAGAAACGUAAGGGCAUAUGUUUCCCUGUUAUAGGUGUAGAUGGCAUCCCUGCGGCGCGCGACGAUGUUAUGACCCGCUCAGACCAAAACUCACUGUUCGUCAUCCAUGUCGGAACGAACGACGCAAAGGCCAAUCGUUCAGAAGAAUUAAUGGAAAAGUAUCAUAGACUGAUCCGACAAUUCAAGGAAAAAAUAAACAACAUAAUGAUAUCUGGUAUCCUCCCGCGGAUGAGAGAAAGUAAUGCUUUUUACAGCAAAGCCUUCAGCACAAACAACUGACUAAAGUCAUUAUGUGAAUCGCAAUGUUCUCAAAACUACGCACUACGGGCCCAGAAUUACGCACUAAGCCUUUGUGAGUCCAGCCCUAGGUGAGCAAUGUCAUCUGAACAGACUCAACACGAUGUACAUUGAAAUGUCCAGGGGUGUCAGUGAGCACCUGGUCAGCGGGUGUAUACGUAGGUGCGGGAAGGUAAACCAGUCUUCGGGCUCACUCAGUCGGGUCUCCGCCUCCGCGGCUUGCUAUCAGGCCUCUCUGCGCACCCAGCACCUCUUCAGCUCCUUCCUCUCGCUCCUUCGCGCACGCCGGGUAGCCAACUAGCAAGUCUCUCAAAUCGCCUUCUUAAAGAAGGCUCCUUUCUUCGCAUCUAUUGCCAUCACUUGUUCUCUCGUCGUCACUGAGAUACGGCCAAGACUCAAGAUGUCUCUCCUGCAACGCGUCGUCGUUUCCGUCACCGCGGCCCUCAUCCUGGCUGUGCUCUCCGCUGAUGCAGUCGCCGAGGUGGACCGCAACUGCUUGGGCUGCCUGUGCGAGGCUUCCACCGGGUGCAAUUUCACCACCCAGUGCCAAGAGACCUACUAUGGUGCCUACUUUUGCGGGCCCUACCACAUCUCCUGGGCUUACUGGGAUGAGGCGGGCAGGCCCGUCCUGCCGCGCGACAACCCGGCGAACCUAGGAGCCUUUGAGCACUGUGCCACAGACCGGUACUGCUCUGAAAAGAUUGUCAAACAGUACAUGAACAAGUUUGGCAAGGACUGUGAUGGUGAUGGUGUAGUGAGCUGCAGAGAUUACGUAAGGAUUCAUAAAUUGGGCAAGACUUCCUGUGCCGCUCCCCUCCCCCCUGGCCGCUUCACUGCCCAGUUUGAGGAGUGUGCCGCCCGCCUCGCCGUGUUCUAG